CAACAACAUUCCUCGGUCCGAAGUCGUCACUACAACACAACUUUGAUCAACGUCCGUACUUCGCUAUGGAUGCCAUUCGGUCCGCAGGGAGAGCCAUCAUCCGAAGCCCAAGCAUGGCGAAACAAUCCUGGAGCGCCGGUAGACACAAAAAACAUCCGACAAACACUCGGGGUUUCAGAGGUCGGAUGCCUGCGGUCUGGCAGACAUUGCAGUUCUUCACACAGAUUCCAAGGCUCUAGGCCAGCCCUGAAGAACUUAAUCUGGCUUGAUCCUUUCCUAGUGGCCGAGAAAGCAUAAUGAGAGCUACUCUAUAUAACCACGACGACAGUCCAGGCAUGCCACAGAGCUCCCGGAGAACUGGACAGACACACGGGAGACCAUCCUGGGAGGCAUGACCUUUAACCUCCGGCACCUGGGCAUGACCCUUGUGGACCAGCCCAAGGGGGAGGAGCUGUCAGCCGCCGCCGUGAAGCGCAUCGUGGUAACGGCCAAAGCCAGUGGGAAGAAGCCCCCAAAGGUUUCCCUCAAGGUCUCCCCUCAGGGAAUCGUCCUCCACGACAGACUCACCAGCCGCCUCCUAGACACCAUCUCCAUUUACAGGAUAUCUUACUGCACAGCGGACAAGCUUCAUGAGAAGGUGUUUGCCUACAUCGCCCAGAACACACAGAACGGGACCCUGGAAUGUCACGCUUACCUGUGCUCCAAGAGGAAAGAGGCCCAGGCUGUGACCCUCACCGUAGCCCAGGCGUUUAAGCUAGCUUUCGAGCUCUGGCAAGUGGCCAAAGAAGAGAAGGAACAGAGGGUGAAGUCUGGUUCGGAAGGGGAGGACAGCAACAGUUCCCAGUCUCAGAGAUCUAGCAGUGUGGGAAGCCUGAAAGACACGGAUGUUCCUACAGAGAAGCUUCUGGACUUUGGAGAGCGGGUUGUGGACGUCCACAAGCCCCUGGAGAAGGACAACAACAAUGACGGGCCUGGCGCGGAAAUGGGGGAGGAUUUGGAUGAAGCGUUCUCGAGGCUGGCAGUGUCUCGUACUAACCCCCAGGUCUUGGACGUUGGGGUGACGCCCCAGGAUUGGCUGCUGGAGCCCGACUGGGAUGUAGCCGGGGGAGACGACGCCAGUGGAACCAGCCCCCCCGUGGACAUGCUGCUCAGCUUCUGACCAGUGAUUUUGUCUUUGCUGAGACACGGAGAUACCCUUCCCCCCUCUCUAACAGGCACACGUACACACACGCACGCGUUCACACACACACACGUGCACCAACAAAAAUAUAUUUUCUAUUAGAUUCUUGUAUCAACUAAAUGUUGUCUUAACAGUAUCUGAAUCAGUGUUAUUUUGAUAUACAUGUAAAUACCCUUAAUUUCAUUGAAGUAUUUAUUUUGUAUUCUUGUAAAAAAAAUAAGUACUUGAUAAUAAUCAAGAUGCCUUUAUUACUAACACGAGCACAAUCCGAAUCAGUGCCCGCGAUGUUUCAAUGCAGUUUCUAACGACAUGGACAUGUUAUUAACUGCCUUGGUCCAUCAUUAGAAUUCAGUAUUUUUUUUGUAACGCAUGGUAAAAUACAUUCAUGUUGUGUCUACAGAUGCGCACAAAAUAUGGCCUCCUUAGUUAGGAUAUGAAUGAUUUGAUGCUUAAUCCUAACAUGUACACACAUUGCCUUCUUCAAUUAGGCAGUUUUUAGCUUUGGAUGAAUCCCAGCAGCCUUCAGAGCUGCCACAGUUUAACUUUGUAUACUAACUUUAUUACUGCAAAUAAAAUGUUAUUGUGAUUAA